AGGGAAGGGAGGGAGUGAACAGCCUCGGGUCCGCCUCAGCUUUACAAAGUGUUUUGGGUGAGAACAAAUUACAGAGCAAGGGGACACAGCUCCGCAACCGUUAUAAAUCUCAGGUUUAUAAAAGCUCUAGCAGAUCUGGCAGCUAGAAGAGGGGCUCCGGCUACUCAGAGCAGGCCUUGACCGGCGCUUGGACUACAUUUCCCAGCAGCCUUCACGCCGAGGAUCAGUCCUUGCCGGGGGAAGGUGGGGGGAUGCUUGCAGAAAGGUGGCUGUGUCGGAAGGGAAAGGAGGCCAGGCACAGCAGGCAUGACUGGAGAGGGAGGUCCCAAUGGUGCUAGAACGGUGCUGCAGUGGCAGAAGGAGGCUCAUGAGUGAGAUCCAGGAGAACGACAAGGAAGACAUCCACCAAUCGCUCCAAAGUGUGCAAGCCAAGUCCUGGGCAGAAACAUGAUCACCCUGAUCACGGAGCAGCUCCAGAAGCAGACCCUGGAUGAGCUGAAAUGCACGCGCUUCAGCGUCAGUCUGCCUUUGCCUGAUCAUGCAGACAUACCCAACUGUGGGGACCCUUUCCAGCUUGUGUCUGAAGGUGCUUCCUGGAGGGGCCUGCCCCACUGUUCCUGUGCUGAGUUCCAGGACAGCCUCAACUUCAGCUACCAUCCCUCAGGCCUAAGCCUGCACCUCAGACCACCCAGUCGGGGAAACUCCCCCAAGGAGCCGCCCCUCUCCCAAGUACUGAGCCCCGAACCCCCAGACCCAGAGAAGCUUCCUGUGCCCCCUGCCCCUCCAUCCAAGAGGCACUGCCGCUCACUCUCGGUGCCUGUGGACCUGUCUCGCUGGCAGCCGGUGUGGCGGCCUGCCCCCUCCAAGCUGUGGACUCCCAUCAAGCACCGGGGCAAUGCUGGAGGGGGUGGGCCGCAGGUGCCUCAGCAGAGCCCUCCGAAGCGGGUCUCCAGCCUCAGGUUCCUCCAAGCUCCCAGUGCCUCGUCUCAGUGUGCCCCAGCCCACAGACCCUACAGCCCUCCUUUCUUCAGCCUGGCCCUGGCCCAAGAUUCCGCUCAGCCCUGCGCCACCUCCCCUCAGAGUGGCUCCUGGGAGAGUGAUGCAGAGUCCCUGUCGCCCUGCCCACCCCAGCGCCGCUUCUCCCUGUCACCCAGCCUGGGCCCACAGGCGAGCCGCUUCCUGCCCUCUGCCCGGAGCUCUCCCGCGUCUUCCCCAGAGCUGCCCUGGAGACCCCGAGGUCUCCGAAACCUUCCCCGAAGCCGCUCACAGCCUUGUGAUCUGGAUGCCCGCAAAACUGGUGUCAAGCGGCGUCAUGAGGAAGACUGCAGGCGCCUUCGGCCUUCCUUGGACUUUGACAAGAUGAAUCAGAAACCAUACUCAGGAGGUCUCUGUCUCCAAGAAACAGCCCGAGAAGAAGGCAGCAACGUCUCUCCACCAUGGUUCAUGGCCUGUAGUCCCCCACCUCUCUCUGCUUCCUGCAGUCCCGUCGAGGGUUCAUCCCAGGUGCUGAGUGAAAGCGAAGAGGAGGAAGAGGGGUCUGUGCGGUGGGAACGGCAGGCACUGAGCAAGCGGACAUUGUGCCAGCAGGACUUUGGGGACCUGGACCUGAAUCUGAUUGAAGAAAACUAAAAGUGAGAGGCUGCUUCCUGGGCCCAUGCAGACUGUGUAAUGGUUACUAACACGUGUGAGGGCCCCAAGGCUGAGGGCCCAGCCUGGGAAAGGGGGUGAAUGGAGGGCUCCUACUCAGGGCAGCCCAAGUCUUCCUGCUCCAGCAAACUCGACCAUGCCAAGAGACUGGCGGGGACAAGAUAAAUGGAGCUGGUGACGGGAGGGACAGCCCCAGAGCAGACCCUCCCCAUGGCGGCCCUGAGUGUGAGUAUCCCUGCCACUAAGAGCAAUGGGCAGGGAAGGAAGGGGUCUGCGACCCCAGCUCGGGGAAUUUCACUAGCCCCUUUGCUUCAAAGGGCACUUGUGUCUUAGAAUUUGGCCAGGGUGGGGGGGUUCAGUCAGCCUCCUCGGAGAAAUUGUGUGAGUGUGCGUGCGUGCACGGGUGUGUACUUGUGUGAGUGUGUGUGCGUGCAUGGGUGUGUACUUGUGUGAGUGUGUGUGCGUGCGCGCAUGGGUGUGUACUUGUGUGAGUGUGUGUGUGUGUGUGCAUGGGUGUGUACUUGUGUGAGUGUGCGUGUGUGCACGGGUGUGUACUUGAGGAAAGGUGCGUGCGUUUGUAUAGCCUUAGGGAAGGAAGGCAGUUGCUCCUUUAACAGCAGAGCGUCAGGAUACCCCCAGGAUCUUGUGGGUUUUUUUGUUUGUUUGUUUCCUUAAUAUAACAUUGGGCUUGUUCAAGGUGUCAAGAGGAGAGAGUUUUUGUUUUUGUUUUUGUUUUUUUUUUCGGUCUUAAUAGCUCUGGAGCCAGGCUUUUAAGUUCAUCGCAUCACUGCUCUGUAAAUGGUUCUGUUUUGGGGUCUAGCAGAAUCUUUUGAGUACUAUGAUUUCAGCUAAUGGGCUUUUCUGAAGUCCCGCCCUCUCCCACUAGAUGAAUCUAGUAUUGAGGCUUGAGGCAGUCCCCACACUUGUUGUUUUCAUUGUCUAAGCUGUCUGCAGCCCGCUUCUCUCGCUUGCUGAGAAGCUGCAAGCAGAUGGACAACUGAGGCAGAGCUAAGGAGCUUGGGCGCUCUCCUCUUCCCCAAGGGGACCUUUCCUUUUCUGAUCUUACAAGUCAGAGACAGGGUUGCUCUCCAAGAAUGUGUUGAGGCAGACCAGGAGCAGUGACAUUAUUCCCUGGAAGUCCUUGAGGCCACCCUCAGCACUGCCUUUUGGAAGCUGGCUGUAGGGAAACUUACUCUUGCAAUAUCUAGGCCCGGUCUCUCUCUGAUCUGCUUGAAAAAGAGGUAGGGUGUUCAGCAUUUAAUAGUUUGCUUGUCUUCCACACUUGCCAGGAAAUGUUUAUUUGCUUCUAAUUGGCCCUGAGAGACCACAGAGAGGCUGGGGCUCACCGAGGGAUUGACUUGGGGUGUGUAAAGCAAAGGCUAUGAGAAGCAGCUGGGAGUUUGUUGUUGUUGGAUUGAAUUUCUUUUUUUGUUUCUCACCCACAACUUCAGCCAGUGCAGCAGAUCCAGUGGUUGGAGGGAUGGACUUGAAGAUUGCAGUUACCUUGGUAGGGUUGGCACCUGUGGGCAUGCAUAUAGAAGCUGUCACUAUGCAUCCUGUGAGGCUUUGUUUAGAACACCCUGUAUAGCGAAAUUGGACCUGCCCUUCCCAGUUGUUAUAGUAAGGGCACUUUUCUGUUCAAUUUCCAUGGUGUCUUAAGGCCCAGUUCCUAGUGUUACAGAAGACAACUAAGGUCAUGUACUUUCUUCCUUGUGGAAUUGAGCCUGAUGUUUAAUGUCUCCCACAUGCUAAUAGGAAUACUAUAGAGGCGUCAGACUCUUUGCCUCCACUUCAGGGGAGGUGGCCAUGUCUUCUUAAACCUGUGGCCCUCAGAGGUUCUACCUUCUCAAGGCUCCUCCCUGUCUCCUGGCUAGUUACCACAUCUUACCACUGGGCUACCGGUCUCUAAGGGCCUACGAGAGACUCUCCUGAGAAUUCAGGGAAACUGAGCCCAGGAGUUAUCGUAGGUUUCAUCUUUCCCUGGUUCUCCCUCUUUGGUCCAUAAUUUCCCUGGUGCCAGCUUCUUUUCCACCUGGGGCAACCUCAUCCCUGGGCUCUCUGCUGCAGAUGGCAGUGUCAGCCUCCAGUAGGUCACUGGCAGUGCCAAUGGGGUCUCUGCGGGCCCCAAGUUUAAGUGAAGGCAGUGAUUCUGCCUCCAACCUGGCUUUCCCAAAGCCCUUAGGUCACCGCCCUUAGGGAAGGAGGCCUACAAUUGUCAUAUUUUAAUUCCAUUACUUUAAGUCUGGAAUGUUAAACUAGGCAGAACUAUCAUCUUGCUUCCCAGUUUAAAUGCCUCUGGCCCUGGAACAAGCCUUUUCAAGACGUGAAUCGUUGGUUUUACACAGUAGCUCUGCUCCAACGGUUCUGUGUAAACCAAACGCUGUUUUUUAAUGCAUUUGGACUGCUGACCAUGUAAAGGCAGCCUAUGUUUGCUUCUUUUGUAAAGCAAGCAACUUCCCUCUACUUUAGCCAGUUUCAUCAUUUGGGUUCUCACACAGUGGGCUUACCCAGAGUGGAGCACACCUCCGGGGCUUGUGGCUGCUGCUGUGUAGACGCCUGCAUCUGUGCUGCGUGUGUGGUGCGUGUGGCUGGCCAGCAGGUGAGUCUUACUGCGUGCGUGAGUGAAGCCACUCCCAGGCUGAUGCUCUCCUCCUGUGCCCGGUGACUGCCCAGUGGCAGCUCUAGCUGCCCUUCAUUCCCACCUGCUGCCAAAGUCCCUGUGCUAAUGGGAUUACAGAAACAAAAAGUGGAAAAAAAUUUUUCGUAAACUUUGUUUUAUAUUAAAAAAUCCAUAAGUCUGUGUGUGUUAAAACAUGAGGUUCUGCCUCUGUGGCUGUGUUUGAAAAAAUAAAGUUUUAUUAGAAUAAUCCAUUUUCCCAAGCAA